GUUUUGGGACGUAUUUGAGAGGUCGCAGUACUUACAGCAGGUAGAUUAUUAAAUUGCUAUGUAGGGUACAAGUACAAGUAAAUACUCUGGUCCAAAGAUUUGCUGCUGACACUUUGCAUUUGUGUCAUAAUGGCGGAUGACAAGCCGAUUCAGGAACGGAGGUUUAACGCCGCGGUUAAAGUGAUUCAGAGUUUACCUCCAAACGGUUCCUUCCAGCCUUCCAAUGAGAUGAUGCUGAAGUUCUACAGUUACUACAAGCAGGCCACCCGAGGCCCAUGUGAUAUUCCCAGGCCAGGCUUCUGGGACCCUGUUGGAAAAGUCAAAUGGGACGCAUGGAAUUCUCUAGGAGACAUGCCAAGGGAGGAGGCAAUGGGGGCAUAUGUGGACGAGCUGAAGCUGAUCUUGGAGAGCAUGCCGGUCACCAACGAGGUAGAGGAACUGCUGCAGGUCCUAGGGCCGUUCUACGAAAUCGUAGAUGAGAAAAAGAAGAUCAGCCAGGUGUCUGACCUGACCACAGGUUUUGGCAACAUGCUGGCUUCACCAACGCCAAAAAGUAUCACCAAAAGCGUAGUGAAGAGCCUGGCGAUGAAUGGCACGCUGCAGAACCACGGGGACUGCGCCGAACUCCAGAGCAGUAACACCAAAGCGGAGCAGUCGGAGCCUGAGAAGGAAGCCGAGACUGUGAGGCAGAACGGGCAAUCAGCCGACCCCUUGAUCCCCAACGGCAGCGUGGAACAGGAAGUGCUGUCCCUGACCAACGGCACACACGGCUCCAGGUCCAACCUCAACGGUGAUCUGGAAUCAGAAGAGGAGCUUGCGCACAGCACUCCAGCCUUCCAGGUCAAGGAAGGCGGCGCCGAGCUCAACGGCCACUUCAGCGAUCACAAUGAGGAUGUAUCAAGCCACCAUCAUCUGGCCAGUGACUCGGACAGCGAGGUGUACUGUGACUCGAUGGAUCAAUUUGGUCUCGAGGAGGGCUCUGAAAUCGCCCUCAGCCAUUCUGCAGUAACAAGCAGCACCCUAGAAGAGCCUGAAGUCCUAGGGGACUGGCCAGGGAAGGGUGACCUGCACGGGGGCCCUGAUCGACAUGGGGUCCAGCAUGGAGGCGAGGACGGGGGUGCCCAGUGGGGCGGGCCCCCCAGAGAGAGGCUGAGCGCAGACCGAAUGGACACCUCACUUGGCAGGAGAGGAAAGAGCUCCAGGAUGCCUGGUGAAGGGGGCCGCGGGGGACUGCUCGGUGGCGGCGGGGACGGCGAGCGCUGGGGGCCCGAGGGAGGGGCCGCCGGCAGCCUGAACGAGCAGAUCGUUACAGCCCUGGCACGGCUCCAGGAGGACAUGCAGAGCGUGCUGCAGCGGCUGCACACGCUGGAGGCCCUCACCGCCACGCAGGCAAGGUCAUUAGCAUUCCAACCAAAUUAUCCAUCGCCACCUGCAAAUAAGAAGCCGUCGUGGUGGCCCUUUGACGUCUCCCCGGCGACGGUGGCCUUCGCCGUGCUCUGGCCUUUUCUGGCGCAGUGGCUGAUGCGUCUCUACAUGCAGCGGAGGAGACGAAGAAUGAACUGAGCACAUGUGCCGCCCAUCGCCUAGGAAGGACCCGUCCCGGGAUGAGAGCCUCAGGGUCGUCUUUUCCCUGCCAGGCGUAGCCGGUCACCGCGUCAUCACUCGUCUAACCUUAGCUUUUGCACUAAAAUGACCACACUAUGAGUAACAUGUCAACUACUUUAGCACCUAGAUAAACUAAAAACAGAUCCUCCUACAAUGGGGUGGAAAAAAAUGGGAAUGUACGGAAUUGCGAAUCAUAAUCACGCAGGCUUUUGUAAACAGAAGUAGAGGUAGUUGGUUAUAUCUUUUAAUUUUCCUUUUGAGAUAUUAGUUGACAGAUCGGAAGAGAUGUUUGGUUUCCAUGGUUUGGUCACAGCACCACUAACAGAAUAAUGGCCCUAAUUUUGAUUUCCAACUUUUUUUUUUUAAAGCAUGCAAAAAUGGGAUUUAAAAAAAAACCACCGUCAGCCUCAGGUUAAAAGGGCAUUAUGGUCCAACAGCAGCUGCUGUAAGCUCAUGGGUACGAGCCGCACUGGGAACAAAAUGCAGCAUUUUAUUGAAGUUUCGCAGACAUUGCUGCUAACGUACCAACAUUUCUGCAGUUAAAUGCGGAGUGGGGCUGGUACAUUUGAUCCGAUCGGCGUCUAUUUAUUAUGGGUGGGAAGGAGGUUCUGUGGGCUGGAGGGAAUUAAAAUGGGGAAAUGUCUAUGUGGAGGGGGAUGUGAGAGGACCUCCAUGGUCAGUCUUUGGUUUCAGGCUGAAUGGUUUUUGAAUCGUUCUUUAAACCAGUUUGUUUUGGGUGACAUCUGGAUAAUCGCUGUCAUCCUAAUAGCAGAUGUACUACUGGACUGAUUUCUGCUAAGAUGUGAUGAAUCUGGGGCAGGAUAUGGGGGAGGUUUAUGAGGUAGUUGACAGUAUGUAGUUUUUGUUCUCCCAGUACUUUUCAGUUAAAGUCCAUUUCUUAAGUACUAACUUGUAAAAUCCCCAAAAAAACCAGCAGUGGGUAAAACGGCUGUGGCAGAUUGAACGGGCAAUACGAUUCUGCAGUGUCUUUAAUACUGUUUUAGAUUUAAAACAUAAUUUCUUUUAGCGUUAAUUACUGUUAAUAGCUGUACAGUUGAUUCUAAAACAAGGUGCAAUAUUUUCAUUGCACUUUACUGUUGACUUAGAGUAUGAGCAUUUAUACUUGUGUAAUAUAAGAUUUGCAUUGACCGUGGAUUGAUUUAAAGCCUCCCUUUCAGUGAUACUAGUAGUACGUUUCUGUUGAAAUGAACUACAUCUCCCUCCCUCCUUCUCUCUACCUUCAGAAAGGGGCGGCUAGCAUGAGAUUAGUGCGGCCUGAAGCAUGAAUAAAAUUUCCUUGAACCA